AUGAUUGCAAAUGGUUAUAGUCCAAUUCUGGAAGAGCGCCUUGCCAGAUCGCUGCCGGACGGUUGUUGCUUCACCAUCCAUCAUCUAUCCACCCCCCCUACUGCAUGCCCCGCCAUAUACGCUGCACCACCAAAAGAAGAACCAGAGGAGACCUACUGCGAGAGCCAUUUCUUGAGCGUCUCCAUUGACUCAGAUGGAUCUCAAUUGCAAGUCUUCGCCAUUGAGGUGCUCAUUUACACCACCGAGUACCUGACCACGCUCUUCGUCUCCAAAGCCGAUUCUACUGGCUAUCUCUAUCUCCAUAAGCUACCGCAUGGAACACCGUCACCGCUGAGGAUUGUAUCUACCACCUUCCUCCAGUACCUUAUAGAAGAUCGCGAAAGAUCAGAUCGGCGACUCGUCCUCUCACUCUUUGCGAGAGCGCAGAACCAAUACCUCUUUCCUGGCAGCAUCGAGAACAACCACAAACAUAUCCUGGACGACAGAGGUCUGAUAAAAUGGUGGUGCAAGGUGUUGAAUCCGAUACUCGGAACUUCUGAGAAUGACAGCAAUGCUCUAGAAGAAAAGCGUCAGGGCAUCAUGCGAGAUGAACUCGACUUCAGAUCGCAUGGUUUCCUGAGAGUACCCGGAUGCGAUACAUACGAGACUCAGAGCUUUUUACCCCGAGACGAGUCGGGCCGUAUCGCUAAGAAACACCGUUGGCUCACCAAAGAUCCUCUCCGCGAGCUUGGCAGAUCUCCAGGCUUGCCGGAAAGAUGUCUGAUACCCCGAUUCCCAGAUGACCCCAAAGCGCGAUUCGUGGAGACGCUGGACGAUGAGAUUCCGGAUGAGGAAUCUCAGCUUUCACUCUCACAGACUCCAGCAAGUCCAUCGAAGAAGCAGAACAAUGGCCGGUGGAGGAGUGUAAAGAGCUUGGAACAAUUCUGGGAGAUGAUGCAAUUCAGACAGGAGUGCUCUUCGGGACGGCUUGUCGGCUUUCUGUGGGCCACUUUCCAACCAAAUUUACAAUGCGCUGGAAGGGAGACGAUCGAUGAUGAAAAGCGCCCCCAGUCGGCAUUGCCUACUCCUCUUGAUUCUCAAGAUGAAGAAUGCUCUCGCCUACCGCCUGAAUCCCCUCUGCGGUCAAGUCCUGCCCCUGAGCUUCCUCCUUCAACUCCUCAGAAACUCAUUUCUCUGGAGCAAACUCCCACGCCAACGCCUGUCAAGCGAAAACAAGCUACUGCCAUGCGAGAUCUACCGGAAGAAACGACGUACUAUUACUGGCCUAAAUCUAGUCGGGGUGAAGUGAUCCUAAGACAGAAAGACUACCAGCGGGCAGGUAGCCUGCUACUGCGGCUCGACUACGCCGAUGAAAAAGUUGGGACAGACAGUACCGGGAAAUGGAUCAGCGACGUCGCCAAAAGGGCUGGAUUGAAGACUUGGGGACGGCAUGUGGUGGGAAAGAAAACCACAUUAGCGAAAAGAGAUCCCAUCACAGAUGCGAAGCCGGCGAUGCUGAAUGCAGGACUGAUAAGGAAGAAGAAGCGACCAGCUGAGGAGAUGAAUGGGGGAGCAGUCGAGGCAAGGUCGGAGAGUAAAAGGUCUGGCAUCACUACGCUCUCUGGAGGGCUGGUGAGGAAACGGGCGAAGGUUGCUGGCCACAUAGGACCGGUGCUUACGGAAGAUACUCAAAGCAAUGGAAAGACCGAGCCUGGCUGA